AUGGAGAAAAUAGAGAAAACAUUUGAUGAAACUAGCGAAACACAUGCUGAAAGUGCAACUAGACCAUUUGGUGUUGAUGGUUAUUCUUCUGAAAGUUUUUCUAUUACUCAACCUAAUGUAAAGGAGUACUAUACAUAUUCAAAUAUAGACCCUCAUGAAUAUGGUAGUAAUAGUAAUUAUUCAAUAAGAUAUGGAUGUAAUGGAAAUUCCUUUAUAUGUAAACCACAAACUCCAAAAGUAUUUAUACGUAGGGUUGAUAGAAAACGUAAAGAGGCUAAUAAGAAGUCAAUUUCAUUAAAUGGUUCUUGUUACAAAGAAUUUAGUCCUUAUGGAGCAUUACCUAAUUCUUCAGUUCAUGGAAGUAAUAUAGGUGAUUAUAAUUAUUCUAUGCCUACAAGUAAUAGUGUCCAAUAUAAUAAUAUAUACUCACCUGAUAAGGCAAAUACCAUGUCUUAUGCUUAUUCUUUUGAUGAAUUAAAUUAUCCUUUGAGUCAACAAAUAUUGAAUAACAAUAAUUCUCAUUUACGUAUUCCUCUAUGUGUACAGGAAUCCAAUCGCAAUAAUAAUGUAUGUAACAUAAUGAAUCGUGUAACCCCUUUCAAUAAGAAUCCUUACCAUCUAAAUUACACUAUUCCCCAAAUGGUAGAAGCCAAAUGUGAUGCAAUUUCUAAGAGAAUCAUAAAUUAUAUAAAACUUAUUUUAAGAUAUAUAUAUAAGGUAUUAAAAUUAGCUUUUCACAAAUUAAAAAGCGACUUAAAUACAAAAGAAAUUUAUUAUGAUUCAUCUAUGCCUCCUCUUGAAGACAUUGAUAUACAUUGUGAGGUUUGUAGAGCCAAAUAUGGAAAUAUAUUAUUAGAAAAAAAACACAAAGAUUGUAUUUCCUUUUUCGAAGGCUUUGAUGAUAACCGUAACGUCUUCUCAAAAAUGUGGGAUGUAGUAGAUAACUGGUUAGAGCCAACAACAAAUAAUAACAAUAUAGAAUAUAUGAAAGUUCAACCACAAAAAAACGAACAAGUGUAUUAUCAAAUGGAAAAUUUUCCAAAGGAUGAAAAUGGAAAAAUUGUAUUGCCCCAAUUUAGCAACUAUGUUAAGGAUAAUACAGUAUUGAUAUAA